AAGCAUUUCAACAAUCCACCUUUCCACCGUUCUUAUUGCAGAAAGGAACUCCCUGGGAAUAAGACAGUGAGACAUGGCUGAGGAGAAAAGCAAGAGAGACUGCAUUGGAAUGAAUAUGAAGGGAGGCCUGACAAACAACGGCUUUGUCCAAAAUGAAGACAUCCUGGAGAAGGACCUGGGUCCUGGCAGCGCAGCCAGCAGCCCGCAGUAUUGUACUGCGUGCAUCCUUGGUCCUGAGGAGCCCGGCUUGAGGGACAUCCAGCCCUACGCAGGGAUGCCCAAGGAGGUGCUGUUCCACUUCUCCGGCCAGGCCCGCUACCGGCUGCCCCGCGAGAUCCUCUUCUGGCUCACUGUGGCUUCUGUACUUGUGCUCACUGGGGCCACCAUAGCCAUCAUUGCCAUCUCUCCAAAGUGCCUUGACUGGUGGCAGGCGGGACCCAUGUACCAGAUCUACCCAAGAUCUUUCAAGGACAGCAACGAGGAUGGGAAUGGAGAUCUAAAAGGUAUUCAAGAUAAACUGGACUACAUCACAACUUUAAAUAUAAAAACUGUUUGGAUUACUUCAUUUUAUAAAUCAUCCCUUAAAGAUUUCCGACAUGGUGUUGAAAAUUUCCGAGAAAUUGAUCCCAUUUUUGGAACAAUGAAAGAUUUUGAGAAUCUGGUCGCAGCCAUACAUGAUAAAGGUUUAAAAUUAAUAAUCGAUUUCAUACCAAACCACACCAGUGAUAAACACGAUUGGUUUCAAUUGAGUCGGACCCGAACAGGGAAAUAUACUGAUUAUUAUAUCUGGCAGAACUGUCUCCAUGAAAAUGGCACAAUCAUACCACCCAACAACUGGUUAAGUGUAUAUGGAAACUCCAGUUGGCACUUGGACGAAGUACGAAAGCAAUGUUAUUUUCAUCAGUUUACAAAAGAGCAACCUGAUUUAAAUUUCCGCAAUCCUGACGUUCAAGAAGAAAUAAAAGAAAUUAUACAGUUCUGGCUUGCCAAGGGAGUUGAUGGUUUUAGUUUCGAGUCUGUGAAAUUUCUUCUAGAAGCAAAGCACCUGAGAGAUGAGGCCCAAGUGAAUGCGACCCAAAUCCUGGGCACAGUCACAAACUACUCCCAGCUGUACCACGACUUCACCACCACCCAGGUGGGAAUGCAUGACAUCGUCCGCAGCUUCCGGCAGAUGAUGGACCAACACAGCAGCGAGCCUGGGAGAUACAGGUUCAUGGGGACUGAAGCCUAUGGGGAUACCAUCGACAGAACCAUGAUGUACUACGGGUUGCCUUUUGUCCAAGAAGCAGAUUUCCCCUUCAACGAUUUCCUCACUAGGCUUGACACACCUUCUGGGAAUGGCGUGUUCCAGGCUAUCACAUCCUGGAUGGAACACAUGCCAGAAGGAAAAUGGCCCAAUUGGAUGAUCGGUGGACCGGACCGUGCCCGGCUGACUUCUCGUUUGGGGAAAGACUAUGUCAACAUCAUGAACAUGCUUCUUUUCACACUUCCUGGAACUCCCAUAACUUACUAUGGGGAAGAAAUAGGAAUGGGAAAUAUUUUAGCCACAAAUCUCAACGAAAGCUAUAAUGUUGAUACCCUUCUCUCCAAGUCACCAAUGCAGUGGGACAAUAGCUCAAAUGCUGGUUUUUCUGAAGGCAGUCACACGUGGUUACCCACCAGCUCAGAUUACCACACGGUGAAUGUUGAUGUCCAAGAGACUCAGUCCACAUCAGCAUUAAGGUUAUACCAAGAAUUAAGUUUGCUUCGUGCCGACGAGCUGCUCCUCAGCAGGGGCUGGUUUUGCUAUCUGAGGACUGACAACCACUCUGUCGUGUACACAAGAGAGCUGGAUGGCAUAGACAGAAUCUUUCUUGUGGUUCUGAAUUUUGGAGCCUCAUCACAGCUAAACGUAAAGGAAAUGAUUUCAAAUAUUCCCAACAGAGCGAGGAUAAGGUUAAGUACCAAUUCUGCCAACAAAGGAAGCGAGGUUAAUACACACGCUGUUAAUCUGGACAAAGGAGAAGGACUCCUGCUUGAAUAUGACACGAAGGAGCUCCUUCACCACCAAACCGAGUUCAGAGGCAGAUGCUUUGUUUCCAGUCGGGCAUGCUACUCCAGCAUAUUAAACGUACUGCACAGCUUGUGUUAGACACCCCUAUGAAAGAGAUGAGGACACGGACCUUCUGUUCUAUUCCAAGCAUUUGCAGCAACGUCACGUACAGCACACUGCUGGGGACACUUUAGGAACAGUCAUUAAUUCCUCGCUAUUUCUGUACCUUGAGUGGAAGUGCUUUAGGAACGGUUCUCACAUGUUUUUAAAGAAUAAAAUGUUUAAAACAAAAUCAUCGCUUGUAGGAACUUGUAACUUUACUGAGAAAGCAUCAAUAGAGAUGUCCAGAACCCGUUAGGACUCCAGAUUAUUAGAAAGAUCUCAUGAAUUUUACUGUGAAGAAUGUUGUUAUUCCACAAAAUGCAGGUACAGAAGCUAGAGGAUGACUUACAAUCCAAGUGUCUAAAAAUAUUCACAGAGGGAGGCAGGACCUUGACUUGUAAACCGUUCCAAGAAUAUCAUAGUAAAACAGACAAAAACAAAGCUGUUCUGCUGGGGAGAGGGGAACAGUUCUGUCACCAAUCCUUCCUUCACCCCCUACUCCAUGUCCUUCUAAGGAGCAUGAUUAGAAAACUACUUUCCUAGGUUAAGGGACAU